GACAGCAAAGUAACUGUUUUAGUUGAGUCUGAACAGAGAUCGGUGUACUACAGUGAAUAUUUGCGCUGACGGAGUGAACUGAAGAGAUGAGCGUCUGCAGUUCAACGCGCAGCUUCGGGGAAGACGUGGACGAGCUCGAGUCUGUCAGUUGGUAUCAUUAUGAUUUGUCCCGGCAUGCAGCUGAAGCUCUUCUGCUUUCUAAUGGGGUAGAUGGGAGUUUUUUGCUUAGAAACAGCAACCGGGGACCUGAAUGCUUCGCACUGUCUGUCCGGGCAAAGGAUUCUGUGAAACACUUCAACGUCCGGCGGCAGUAUGGCAGAUAUUCUUUUGGCUUCAAUGAAUUUUCCUCUCUACAGGAUUUCACCAGUCAUAUGGCCAAUCAGCCCCUGCUAGGCAGCGAGACAGGAAAUCUCAUCGUCCUACGGUUCCCAUACCCACGGCAGGUGGAGGAGCCGUCUAUAUAUGAGACUGUGUGUGUGCAUACGGCCAUGCAGACGGGGCGGCAUGAAAAUGACUUGGUGCCUAAUGCUCCAUCACUUGGCACUAAAGAGGGUUAUCUGGUAAAACAAGGUGCCAUCAUAAAGAACUGGAAGCAGAGAUGGUUCACAUUGCAUAGACAUGAACUAAAAUAUUUCAAGGACAAAAUGUUUGAUGAGCCAAUUCGAACACUUGAUCUGACAGGGUGCUCAGCGGUUCAGUUCGACUACAGUCAGGAGAGGGUCAACUGCUUCUGUAUGGUGUUCCCUGAGAGGACAUUUUAUCUGUGUGCAAAAUCAGGUGCUGAGGCAGAUGAAUGGAUAAAGAUACUACGGUGGAAACUGUCACAGAUAAAGAGAGGUCGAUGACGGUCAACUUGAAGAAUAAAAGUAUUACAACAACUAAGAGCUGUGCAGUUUUAUAGUUUGUAAUUACAAAGGGCUGGAACUUCAAAGUUAUUACCUCUGAAGGCCUGCUACUUUGGUGACGUGGAGCUAAAAAUCCUAUGAGCACUGAACCAUGCAUUAAAGCUCGUGUAUAUAGAAAAACCAAGUCAAACGAAUGUCUGAAGACAGUACACUACUGACAUAAGAACUAUAAUUUAAAGUAGGCUUUGUUUUUUUACUUGUGUUCUGCAAACCAAACUGAAAAUGUAGCAUAAAUAUAUGUACAUACCGCUGCUGUCCUUUUGAAACCUCUUAUCUCCAUAUUUUCAUGAUGUUUAUUUUUUUGCCAGAAAUGAGUCACCCUUUAUGUUUGUCACUGGGUUUUGCAAAUAUCUAACUGAUAAAAAGUAUUAAGUGCUUGUCAACUUUGACAACACAGUAUUUAACCAUUUUUAAAUAUUACAGUGCAUUUAUCAUUCCCU